AUGGGCCCCGUCAUUAUAGAUGACAUCAGAGUGGGCGGGGCCUCCCCGAGCCGCUGCAGCCUCCUGCUGAGGACGCUGGAGUAUAAAAUCCCAGAGCGCGAUGCCCUGAGAAGAGCAGCUGACGCCUCACACUUUAAGGAUAUAAGAGCUGUGCCUGGACUGCAGCCUCCAGCUCGACCCGCUGUUCUCCGAAGCCCUAAACCCGGUGAGUCCCCGCGCUCUGCAGACACCUGCCGAGAGCCGCAGCAUCAGAGCAUCUCAGCCCUACGGUUUAGCUUCACAAAGAUGGACCUGAGGGUGGCAAGUUUCCUCCUGGUGCUCCUGGCUGUGGCCGAAGCUACUCCCGACCGCUACUACCAUGUGCCAAAGGUGGCCAAGGCUGCGUACCCCGUCAAGAGCCAUGCUGCCCCCGUGAACCUGGACCUCAAGGCCCACCAGGAGAGCCAGGCCCCAUGGGUCCCCCAGGACCCCCUGGCAAGAGCGGCACAGGCCAUCCUGGAGCCCAGGGCCCCCCUGGCCCCCCCGGCCCCCCAGGAUACACACAAGCUGGCAAACCCGGAAGCCCCGGAUCCUCUGGGAAACCAGGAGCGACUGGUUAUCCUGGUGAGAAAGGGGCCCCUGGAGCCACUGGAGCCAUGGGCCCUCGCGGAGCCCCUGGAUCCCCUGGGACCCCUGGACCUGCUGGACUUUCAUCUGUGGGAAAACCUGGUCCUUCUGGCAUGCCAGGAGCAAUGGGACACAGAGGAGAGCCUGGAGAGAGAGGCAUCGGAGUUCCUGGUGUUCAGGGGCCCUCUGGCCCCGUCGGACCAAUGGGCCCCUCUGGAAUGCCUGGCAAAUCUGGCAUGGGAAAACCCGGUUCCCCAGGAUACCCAGGAGAGCCUGGUAAGGCUGGAACACCAGGAAGAGAUGGCGCUCCAGGCCCAAUGGGAAUGCCAGGAGCCAAAGGUCACACUGGAGCUCCAGGCAUGGGGGCGUCAGGGAAACCAGGUCAGGACGGCACUCCUGGUCUGCCAGGACAGAUGGGCCCUAAAGGCCCCCAGGGGCCAGCUGGGCAGCCAGGGUCCCCUGGAAUGCCAGGUGUUGGUAAAACUGGAGAGCCAGGAACCCCAGGAGGCAGAGGAUCCCCUGGUACCCCCGGAACCACAGGACAGAAGGGAGAGCCUGGCCCCACUGGUUUCACUGGACACCCAGGGGCCCCAGGUCCUGUUGGCCCCGCUGGUCCUCAAGGUGCAAGAGGAUUCCAGGGUGAAUCAGGCCCACACGGACCAAAGGGAGACAUCGGUAUGGUUGGAGCGCCAGGCCCCAGAGGAAGCAAGGGAGAGCAAGGAGCUCAGGGAUUCACUGGAAAGCCCGGUAUUCCCGGUGCAGUCGGCCCUGCGGGAAGCCCAGGGCACAAUGGUGCUCAGGGGCCUAAAGGUGCUCAGGGCCACACUGGGGCCCCAGGACAGCCUGGAUCUAACGGUGCUCAGGGACACAAAGGACACACCGGUACCCCUGGCUCUCCUGGCAAACCUGGUGAGCCUGGAAUGCCCGGCUCCAUGGGCCCAGUUGGUCCAUCUGGUCCAGCUGGCCCUGCUGGUCUUAAAGGUCACUCUGGACUUCCAGGUCCUCCAGGUCCCGCUGGUAUGA